GGGACUUCCAUGAAUUGUGCCUAAGAAACGUGUAUAAAAGCAGCUUGUACCUCCUUUACGUUAUGGCAUUGAGAUGUAACCUUUGGUUGCGGCUCGCCGGUGGAUUUAAUACGGGUAUCGGAGCCUCAUGACAGAGCCUACCCCAAAUGUUCUUGAGAAGGGGGAGAAGAUGGAGGAGACGAAUCGAAACUCAGGAGAAUACAACGACCUUGAACAUACAUCGAAAUCUAAUGACUCGGCCCGAGUCGACUGGGAUGGUCCUGAUGACGCCGCAAAUCCGAUGAACUGGCCUACUUCGACGAAAGCAGUGCAGCUGGUCUUCAUGGCUUUCAACACGUUUGUUAGCCCUCUAGCUUCCUCCAUGUUCGCACCCGGCGUCCAAUAUGUUAUGCGCGACUUUCACUCCCCCGAUCAAAUGUUAGGCUCGUUUAUUGUUUCCGUCUAUGUCUUGGGAUACAUGCUAGGACCGUUUCUCAUCGCGCCGCUAUCGGAGAUAUAUGGCCGUGUGCCUCUAUAUCAUGCUUGCAAUGUACUCUUCCUAGUGUUCACUAUUGCGUGCGCGGUAGCGCAGACUUUGCCUCAACUGAUCGUAUUUCGUUUGUUCGCUGGCAUUGCUGGUGUCUGUCCCAUCACCAUUGGUUCUGGGACAGUCGCCGACAUGAUCCCUGUGGAAAAGCGAGCGGGCAUCAUGGCUGUUUGGGCUCUCGGACCUAUUCUAGGACCUGUCAUUGGACCCAUUGCGGGUGGAUUCCUAGCCGAAUCGGUGGGCUGGCGAUGGGUGUUCUGGGUCCUUGCGAUUGCAAUUGGUGUCAUGACAAUCGGGUGCGCCGUGUUCUAUCGCGAAUCGUAUGCACCGGUGAUUCUGCGUCGCAAGACUGAGCGACUACGCAAAGAGACUGGGAAUCCCAAUCUCUACUCCGCCCGUGGCGACACAAAGAUUACCAAGGCGCUGUUUGCAACCGCACUUGCGCGCCCAAUGAAACUCCUUUUCCGCUCCCCAAUCGUGUUUCUGCUCUCCCUAUUCGCAGCCGUGACGUACGGAUACCUUUACCUGAUGUUCACCACUUUGACUCCCAUCUUCAAAAACACCUACAGCUUCUCAUCCGGUCUGGCCGGUCUCGCCUACCUGGGCUUCGGUAUCGGAAGUCUCCUCGGUCUCGGAAUAUGCGGCGUGGUCUCUAACCGCAUCGCUGCCAGUCACACUGCGCGCGGCUGUUUCAGACCUGAAUCUCGCUUACCCCCGAUGCUGUUCGGAUCUUGGGCGAUUCCGGCUGGCUUAUUCUGGUAUGGUUGGUCGGCGCAAGCGCAUACCCAUUGGAUUGUGCCAAUUCUUGGGACUGGCCUGUUUGCGAUCGGCCUCAUGGUCGUCUUCAUGGCGUCGAAUACGUACCUUGUGGACUCGUACUUGGCGCACGCGGCCUCCGUGACGGCUGCUGCGACAGUACUGCGGUCGUUAGUCGGCGCGGUGCUCCCACUGGCUGGCCCGUCUAUGUAUGAUGCGCUAGGCUUGGGCUGGGGGAAUUCCUUAUUGGCUUUCAUUGCCCUCGUGAUGUGUGUCUGUCCAGUGCUAUUUUGGAAGUACGGGGAGUUUAUCCGCACCCAUCCGCGAUUCCGGAUUGCUCUAUGACUACACUUUGA